UACCGGUCUUUCGCGAGGCGGGGGCAGAGGAGGUUAGCGUCUGGGUUGCGGAGCUGGGUGCCAGGGUCGGAGUUCUGGGCGAGGUCUGCGCACCCUCCUUUUCUUGGCGGGGGUCGGGUGUGCGGUCCCGGUCCCCGUAAUGUACGGAGGCAGAGGGAAAGGGCUCUGGUCCCCUCGGCGUCAUGUCUUCGGUGCCCGCGGCAUCCAGUCCGCCGGUUCUAUCCUCAAGCGCCGGGACACGGCCUCCGAGAAGCGUGGCGGAACGGAGGUUCUGCAGGCUCCUCCUUCGUGCGCUCACGCCUUCUCCUUUGAUUUCAGGUCUUUGGAACCGCCCCUGGAGCCGGAGCAGUCGCGUCCCCUCUUUAACUGCCCGUUGCAAACAAUAAAGGACGAUCGUACCCUAAUAGGCUCCUGCGGGCGUGCGGGCGGCAUUUCGCGGAAGGCUCUCUGGCCGACCUUGCCGGGAUCUCCAGAUGGCCGCGCUGCGCCGAACCCUCCACGUGGCGACCCUGGCGGCUGGGGCGCGCCGUGCUUUGGCGGGCUCCCUGGCUGGUAGCUGCCUGGCUGACCGUCGCCUCUGGGAUAAGCUCCAUGCCGAUACCCGAAAAGGCCACGUCCCCACGUUCGACUGGUUCUUUGGGUAUGAGGAAACCCAGGGGUUGCUGCUGCCGCUCCUGCAGAAGACAGCGGCUGCCUGCCCACCGCGGGUGUUGGACGUGGGCUGUGGGACCUCCAGUCUGUGUACAGGCCUCUACACCCAGUGCCCACAUCCCGUGGAUGUGCUGGGGGUGGACUUCUCCCCUGUGGCUAUUGCCCACAUGAAGCGUCUCCUGGAAGGUGGCGAAGGCCAAACACCCCUGUGUCCUGGGCAUCCUGCCUCCAGACUCCACUUUAUGCAGGCUGAUGCCCAGAACCUGGAGCCAGUGGCUUCCUCAGGCUCCUUCCACCUAGUGCUGGAUAAGGGCACCUGGGAUGCUGUUGCCCGUGGUGGUCCGCAGGGAGCUUACCAGCUUCUGUCAGAGUGCCUCAGGGUCCUAAGCCCCCAGGGGACCCUGAUUCAGUUCUCAGACGAGGAUCCUGAUGUGCGGCUUCCCUACCUGGAGCAAGGGUCCCCAGGCUGGAGUGUGACUGUGCAGGAGGUAGGCCCUUUUGGGGGCAUUACUUACUUUGCUUACUUGGUUCAAGGCUCUCAUUAAAGCCCUCAGUCCUGACCCAAAUUUUUCUAUUGGGUGAGGAGGGCGAUGGACAGCUUUUCAACUUUGUAAGAUGGCUGGGAAGCGAGGAUUUGAGGCCUGGCUUCCACAUUUACUAGUUGGGUACACAGAGUAUGAAAUGUUUCUGUCCCCUGGUUCACAAACUGACAGCAGGGUAGGAAUAAUAACCCAGAGCUAGGGGAUUACGGAUGAUGAUGGGUGAAAUACGGAGCAUUUAGCAAUGGCAGGCACAAGAGGGGUGCUAAAUAGAGAAGGUACAGUGAUUCAUUCCCCAGCCCCAAUAAAUUGGAACUCCUAAAAACAGGAGUUUUGUGGGGGGUUUUGUGGGUUAUUUUGAGGACUUUGGGUUUUGUUUGCUUGUUCUUAGAUUUAUUUAUUCUAGAGAGAGAGGGAGAAUCCCAAGCCAUCUCCAUGGCCAGUGCAGAACCCAAAUCAGGGCUCCAUCUUAAAACCCUGAGAUCAUGACGUGAACUGAAACCCUAGUCGGAUGCUUAACCGACUGAGCCACCAGGGUGCCCCCAUUAGAGGAGUUUUUUAAUCGAGGCCUUCUUAAUCCAAAUCCCAGUACAGACCGACUUGUGUGACCCAGUGGCCUCACCUAUAGAAGGGGGAAGACUGAAAGAACCCACAGAACGGCCUCAACAAAUCACCAAAAUGUUGAGGGAGACCGAAGGAGACUUACCCUCAAAGCUUCUGGGAGGCAGGAGAUGUGAAUAUUCCACAAAACAGCUUGGACAAACAUGGGAGCGUGCUGCUGGCUUCCACAGAGGACAGGGACCGGAGGCUUCAUGAUAGUCCGUGUCCUCAGGAAUCCAGGAGACCUCUUGUUCUCCAUAUUCCUGCCCCUGGCCAAGUUCUGGGUUAAAGGUUCUUAAGGGAGAUCUGGGGUCCAGUGGGCUCCAAGUCCAGCCUGGGGGAAAAAGCAGUUGGAAGAGCCCAUUAAGGGUGAAAAAUACUUCUGAUCUAUUACUGACUUUUUAAAAAAUGCUAUUUAUUUACUUAGUUUUAAGACUUUAUUUAUGACAGAUAGCAAGAGAGGGUGAGCUGAGGGCAGAUGCUUAACUACUGAGCCACGCAGGCAGCCCUGUGACUGACUUUGAAAUAGGGAAACGGGCAUCUGGGUGGCUCAGUGGGUUGGGCCUCUGCCUUUGGCUUGGGUUAUGAUCUCAGGGUUCUGGGGUU